AUGUACAACUUCUGCUUCCUUAUCCUGGUUUAUGCCAGUUGGGCAGUUCGCUCAGAUGUAGACUGCGGAUCUGGACCGUUGCAAAAGGUCAGCGAUUCGUGUAUGUUUAAACUGAAUGGUCUUAUGGGAUUUUGUGCGGCAAACAAACAAUGCGCAGAUCGAGGUGGAAGUUUUGGACAGCAUUGGUUUCUGGUGGGGAAAAAUGCGCACAAAAUUCCAAGCUCGUUCUCUGAAGGGCAGUCAAUAUGGACUAGUCGGACAAGGCUUUUUGAGCGUAAUCCUAGUGGCCACGUAUGGCGUGUUGGUGACCCACACUGGUCUCACUACUCAGAGACAACUGCCAAUGCAUCAGCACCCUCCAAUCCUUCGGUGGAGGGCUCAGCAGCGCGGAUAACUUAUGUGCAACACAACGGCACAACCAACAUGUUCUACUUCACGCGGAAUAACAAAGAACUUCGUGGUGCAGUUUGCGAGCGAGCGUUGGUACCAACACCCUACCAUCCAUCAUCUAACAUGCCGCUGACAACAGAAGUGUUCCGCGUAACCUGGCCCAGGCCAUCUCAGAGUAUGGUCUUAGAUGACAGAGAAUCAGUAGGCUGUUAUGCGAAUCACAUGGCCCAGAGUAUCAUAGAUUGUGCUCUUACGUAA